AUGGAAGGAUUGGUUGGCUCUGGCUACAUCUAUCCACGCCUGGCUUUGUUUUCAGCCCUGGACUUGAACAUCUGCUGUCCUGGUACCCUCUCCGGUGGGGUCACCUCCAACGGAAAUGGCAAAACCACCGCCCACGGCAUCUGCUGCAUAGACCCUUCAACCAUCAAACGCCGAAGCACUGACGCCAACGACAACGACAACAUCAACAUCAUCGAUGAAGCCAUCCCUUUCCGCUCGCCCCUCGACCGCCGUCAGAAUAACAGAAUCAACCUCGGCGCAUCAACAUGCGGCGAGAACGAAAUCCUCAUCCCGCUUAGCGCACCCGACUAUGCAAGCCAGGUGUCUUCAGUCAUGGCGUCCAUCUCCGGAGAAUCGAGCAGCAACACCCCUGAGCCCACAGGUACAACAAACACAAAUACAAAGAUUGCUGGGCCAGCCGCUACCGCGACAAACUCGGAUCAGGAAUCUAGGACGACCGUGGCGGCGACGGCGACGACGGCGUCGAGGACGUCGACAACAACAACAACAGCGUUGAGCACCGGCGGCAUGCCUGCCGCGACGGGGCAAAGGUCAAAUGAACGUGCCGUGUGA